UAUUCAAACGUGUUCCUAUAUAAGAAGACGUUUAUUCGCCUGGAGAGUGGAUUUGACGUCUGAAUUGUAAGGAGUAAAGAUAUUCCUAAGAGAAAAGACGAAUUAUAAUUGUGUAUAAAAUCGAGAUUGAAUUUAUCCUAUUUAAUAAUUCAUAUCUCAUCAUUUAAAUAACAAAAUGUCUAAACAAUUUUAUCAAUUCAUUGGAAUUUUUGUGUGUUUCUUAACAUUUACCGGCAUUUAUGCACAAAAUCCGAUAGAGGUUUCAAAGGUAUGUUUAGGAUGCAUUUGUGAAGCUGUAUCAGGAUGCAAGACGACACUCGGUUGCAACGGCGACGUAUGCGGCCCUUUUCGCAUAACUCAUGCUUAUUGGGUUGACGCUGGUAAACCAACGCUAAACAACGAAGCGAAUACCAAUGAAGGUGCAUAUCCAAAUUGUGUUAACGAUGCAUUCUGUGCUGGAAACGCAGUGGAAAGUUACAUGAAAAAGUUUGGUCGAGAUUGCAAUGGAGAUGGCAUAGUUAAUUGCGACGAUUAUAUUCGUAUACAUCGUUAUGGUAAAAACGGUUGCAUGAAUCAAUUAGAUAGUAAAUUGGAAUAUGUUUACAAAACUUGCAUACAAAUGUUCAAUUAAUAUUUUAUGCCAAUCAAUUAGAAAAAUCUUCUACUGAUAUUAUUUUACAUUUAAUUCGUCGCAAGAACCAUUUCAUGAUGUAAAAGCUUUGACUUCAUUAUUUCUAUGACAAUUUUAAUUAUUUACACUUAUGCUA